AUGAGCACCGAAGGUUUACUGUCAGUUUUAAUACUGUUAUUUUCUCUGUGGGGCGUUGGGUCUUUUAGUCAUCCGACCGACAGUACUGGGAGUGCGUAUAGCCAUGAGAAGCGAGCCAGUAAGCAUGGAAGCACGUUCCUUGUCGGCGUGGGAAAGGCCGAUAUCACUGGUGCUGUGGUCCAGAUCCCUUUUGCAGGCUAUGGACAGCUCAAUCAGACAGGAACCGGUCUCCGUCAGAGAAUUUAUGCUCGGUCAUUUGUUUUUGCCGAUCCUGCCAAUGCCACUAAUUCAUUCAUUUAUGUGGUACUCGAUGCUCAAUCAGGUGAUACUGCUGUUCGACAUGGCAUUCUUCAAGGACUUCAAACCCUUGGAGGGAAAUAUAGGAAUUAUGGAGAACAUAACGUCGCAAUAGCAACACUCGGUUCUGAUAAGCAGACCUAUACCGCAAUUGUUGAGGUAGCUCUUCUUUCGAUCCAAAGAGCAUAUGACAGUCUUGCACCCAGCACAAUCAGCGUCGGUACCAUCGAUAUUCCCGAUGGAAAUAUCAACCGCAGUCCAUAUUCUUACUUAGCAAACCCAGCGACUGAACGAGCCGAAUACACUUCUGAUACGGAUACAACAAUGACACUCCUGACGUUCGAUCGCCUCUCGGAUGGAGACAACAAGGGAGUUGCAGCCUAUCUCUUUGAGAGAGGUGUUACGAAUGAUACCCGAUUCGCUGAUAAUUUUGUCGCUGGGUUUUCACAGUCAAGCGUUGGAGACUUGAGCCCCAAUGUGUUGGGUCCAUUUUGUGAAGAUACGGGAUUACCCUGUGACUUCAAAACCAGCACAUGCAAUGGCCGCACUGAGCUUUGUCAAGGGCGUGGUCCUUACUUCGGUGAAGCUGACGACGGAGCCAAGAGUGCAUUUGAGAUGGGCCGUCGCCAAUACAACGCCGCAUUUCAGCUAUAUGGGCAGAUGGCAUCCGGUUCAGGGGUGCUGCUCGCUGGAGAAUCAUCAGUGGCGUCUUACCAUACGUACCAAAACAUGUCGGGGUACGAAUUCAUUUCUCCGUUCAAUGGAAGUCUUCAAUCAACGUGUUAUGCUGCCUUGGGUACUUCAUUUGCAGGAGGAACCAGUGAUGGACCGGGGGCCUUUGAUUUUACUCAGAAUAAUACGUCUCCCAAUCCCUUUUGGCAGGUAGUGCGGACUGGUCUUCACCAGCCAGGGCCAGCACAGAUUCAUUGUCAAUAUCCAAAACAGAUCUUGUUUGAUGUUGGGGCCAUGAACGAGCCUUAUGCUUGGGCUCCUGAUAUUGUUGAUGUUCAAGCCCUUCGUCUUGGCCAACUGCUGGUCAUAGUUUCUCCAAGUGAGAUAACUACUAUGUCCGGACGUCGAUGGAAAAGCGCCAUUGCGGACGCGGCCGGAAGUGUUCUAUCCAUUUCAGAUCCUAUUAUUGUUCUAGCAUCUCCAGCAGACUCAUACGCACACUACGUCACAACAGAGGAAGAAUACACCGUGCAGCGUUAUGAAGGAGCAUCAACCCUUUACGGACCCAACCAGCUGGCGGCAUAUGUGAACCUUAGUCUGACAUAUCUGCCAUAUCUGGGAAUCCCCAAUGCGGUCGCACAAUUACCCAAACUUCCUGAAGGCCCCAAGCCUCCGGUUACCACGAAUUAUUCUCUCUCAUUCAUCCCUGCUGUCGUUUUUGACAGACCGAUUCUUGGACAUUCGUUUGGAGAUGUUCUAUCUUCUUCGCCGAAUUAUUUCUACUCGGUGGGAGAUUACGUUUCAGCCACCUUUGUUGGGGCUAACCCGCGCAAUGACCUGCGCUUGGAAAAAACGUAUGCAGCAGUGGAAAUGAAUAAUGACGGUAUUUGGGAAGUUGUGCGCACUGACGCGGACUGGAACCUGACCUUUGAAUGGAACCAAACAAACGUACUGCUAGGUACGAGUCAAGUGAGCUUGACCUGGCAAAUUGAGGAUUCAUACUAUCUUUCAGGCUGGGACAAGGCUCUACAAAGUGGAAUUUAUCGUCUGCAUUAUUAUGGAGAGUCUAAAGAUCUGUUUGGGACCAUCUCCUCGUUUGAGGGAGUGGGACCCGAGUUUAGCCUUCGAAUCUAG